AUGGAAAACCUUCAAGCUGCGCUGUGGCGCGCAUCCGUCAUCUCCGUUGGGCUGCUUUUGUCAAUAACUAUCGGGGUUGGCGUAUAUCGAUUGUUCUUUCACCCAUACGCCAAAUAUCCGGGUCCGCUACUUGCCAAAUUGACCAGUGGGUAUGCGGUAUAUCACAUGUGGAUCGGGGAUGCGCACACUGAUAUCUGGGAAUGCCAUCAGAAAUACGGGGACGUUGUGCGGUACGGACCCAACCGGAUCUUGAUCAACGCAGAAGCGGGUUUUAAAGCUAUCUAUGGGCACGGCGCGAACGUACACAAAUCUAGGGGCUACGAGAAAGUAUCAUUCUUCAGAGGUACUCAUGCUACUCUUUGCACUCUUGACGACAAGAGACACAAGCUGCUUCGAGGACUUCUCAACCAAGGCUUCUCGGAUGCUCACAUCCGGGCCGUAGAUCAUCGGUUGACGAGGAUUGCGGCGUCGCUCGCAAAUGCCCUUGGUGAAACGGAUGAUCGUUUCAAUACAUCGCUGAAGUCAACUGGAGACGGGUGGAGUGUCCCGAAGAAUAUGAGUAAUUGGAGUGACUUCUACACCUUCGAUGUGAUAUCACAAGUUGUUUUCGGUGCAUCCUAUAAUCUGAUCGGCGACUCUGAGAACCACUGGAUCAUUGACGGCGUCAUGGCCCAGUUAAAACGUUUUGGUUUCCUCCUUCAACUCCCCGAUCUCGAAAAGAUUGGAUUACACCAUAUUCUAUUCCCGGGAGCGCGACAAAAGGCAAUUCGAUUCACAAAAAAGAGUGGACAGAUAAUGCAGGAGAGGAAGGAAAAGGGAGAAAAGUACUCUGCCGAUGUUUUCAGUAAACUUCUUUCGGCGACGGACCCGGAAACGGGGGAGAGUCUUUCGAACACGCAGCUCUGGGUUGAUAGCAACCUUCUGAUUAUCGCUGGUUCUGAUACAUCAUCAACCGGUAUGGCCGCAUUGUUCUUCUACCUUACCCGAGAUCCUGCCGCCUACGAUAGAGUUACAAAAGAAGUCCGGUCAGUCUUUACAACACCGGAAGAAGUAUCUCAGGGCCCGAAACUUAACUCAUGCACCUAUCUUCGCGCAUGCAUACAAGAAGCUCUACGCCUUUCCCCUGCUGUUAGUGGAGCACUUUGGCGUGAGGUCCUUGACGGAGGUCUUAGCAUUCCAGAAAACGGCGUGCAUGUCCCGGCCGGCUAUGAGGUCGCCACUGGAAUCUGGUCCCUAAACCGUAGCGAGAAAUACUACCCAGAACCGUUCAGGUUUCGUCCCGAACGCUGGAUCCCGGAGGAGAGCGGCCAGGAAGCCGUGAGCUUGGCCAAAGCUGCUUUUGCAACAUUCUCGACAGGACCAAGGAACUGUGUUGGAAAGGGGUUGGCACUUACAGAGAUCUCACUAGCAAUGGCUGCUAUCAUUGUUCAGUGCGAUUUCCGCAAGGCAGAGGCGGAGCUUGGAGAUGUGGGAGAGGGCAAGGGCGUGUUUAAGGGGCAAUUCCAGACUCUCUCGGCGUUUACCAGCUUGAAAGACGGGCCAUAUAUUCAAUUUCGUCCAGUGGGGAGUGGUAAAUGA